CAGUUGCAUGAGCACCAUGUUUUUCUACGUUGCUACAGUGAUUAGUCUUCUUUGCAAUUUGUUCUGCAUAAUCUAUGGACAGUAUGCAGAAAGUGGCAGGUCUUUGUCAAAUAUGCGUGCAGAAAUUUGCAAUUGUUCAUGCAACAUUGAUACACAGCCAAUGUCAACUACGGUUACAGAAAGAAUACCGCUUCCAACAUACAAAACAACGACAGGUGACGUUGGUCCAAUAAGCGGGAAAGAUUGCGCAUGCUCAUGUGAUAUUGGAAAUGUUCAACAUACCCCAGAAGGAGCCGUUUCAAUUGUGUCUCAAAAUUGUAAUUGCCGAUGUAAUUACACAAUAAAGCCAGACAAUCUUUGGCGUUGCGAUUGUGAUUAUCACCCUGGAGGAUGUAGAGUAGUUAGACCAGCCCCUGCUUAUUACUCAUGCAAGUGUUCCUAUAAAGGUGCCUGGACAUGUGGAGGUGAUCUGGUUCUCUGCAAAAACUACAGCUCUCCUGUAUGUCAAAACCCACAAACCGAUCUUCAGUCAUGUUUAUAUGGUGGAGGUGACUGCAAUGGUUAUAGAGACGCACAAUGCGAUUGCGAUUAUCACCCAGGGGGAUGCCGGAUCAGCAAAGCUGCUCCAAGUCAUUCUGCUUGUAAGUGCAUUUAUAGAGGAGGCUGGACAUGCGGGGGAGAGAUAGUGCCAUGUAGCGAUGAAAAUUCACAACUUUGCGCAAGUCCAUCGACAUCAGUUCAAUCCUGUGUGCUUGGCGGCGGUGAUUGUUCUGGAUAUGGGGACGCUAAAUGUGACUGUGAUUACCAUCCUGGUGGGUGUUCGAUAUCAAAGGAACCACCUGCUAAUACAGCGUGCCGAUGUUCAUAUGUUGGCGGUUGGACAUGUCGGGGGGACGUCGUCAGAUGUCACAAUGAAUCUUCGCCUCACUGCAAAUCUCCUUCGAAAUCCCAUCUAGCAUGUAUACAAGGUGCUGGUGAUUGUGGCGGUUAUCAUACGGCUAAAUGUGACUGUGACUAUCACCCUGGUGGUUGCAGAAUCAGCAAAUCUGCUCCUGCGCACACUGCAUGUAAAUGUAAAUACAUGGGAGCUUGGAUCUGUUCAGGGGAGAUAGUUUCUUGCAAAAAUGAAAAUUCCCAGUAUUGCCAAAACCCAGACUCGUCUAUCUAUUCCUGUACGGAAGGAGGCGGUGACUGUGACGGCUAUGGUGACACCACAUGUGAUUGUGAUUAUCACCCUGGUGGAUGUGCCAUCAGUAAACCAGCUCCUCGAAAUACAGCAUGUCAUUGUAGUUAUAAGGGCGGUUGGACUUGUGGAGGAAGUGUAAAGCCAUGCAGAGAUUUCAACAAUCCAAAGUGCAAAAACCCAGAUAAAUCGAUUCAGGCAUGCUUCCAAGGUAAUGGCGACUGCGAAGGUUAUCACAGUGCCCAGUGUGAUUGCUGUUACCACUCUGGAGGUUGUAAAGUCUGCAAAUCUCCCCCAGCAAAUACAGCUUGUCACUGUAGUUACCAUGGGUUUUGGACAUGCGGCGGCGGCGUAAGGAGAUGCAUCAAUGAGAAUGCAUACCGAUGUCAACACCCAGACCAUUCUCGGGAUACCUGUUUGCAAGGAGGAGGCGAUUGUGGCGGUUAUUGAAUAAAUAUCCAAGAUUAAGACAUUAAUCUUUAUUAGAUAACUUCUUAUAGUAAAGGUUAACUUGUCUCUCCUCGUUUCUUUCAAGAACCUGGAAAAAGAAUUUAAGAGACUUUCUAUCGUCUAAUUAAAAAUGAAACUAUGAAAAAUAAAUUUAUUUGAAAAACAA